AUGCCCAUCGAGAAUGGUGAGUCCCCCAUCAGCGAAGGGACUAGUGUGACUAAUGAUCAAACCGGUAACCUAGCGGCUGUCUUGUCUCUUGAUAAGGAGAGUGAUGAGCAAGGCCACGUUACUAAGGACCAGGGAGCAUCUACCUCACCAAUGCGUAGGGCGAUAGCUCUCUCACCGACUGUGGGAUUUGGUGCUGCUGCUGCUACCACUACGUUUACUAGUAGCGCUACUUCCUCAUCAAGUGCUACUACUACUAGUGACGACUGCAAGUUGUUCGUGGGGGCAUUGCCUUACUUCAUGACUGAACAAGAGCUCUACCCGUUGUUUGCCAAAUUUGGCACUAUCAUCGAGCUAUCAGUUCAACGUGACAAGUUAGGCCGCUCUAGAGGUUGUGCAUGGCUCCGAUACUCCAGUGUUACUGAGUGUGAGGCCUGUAUACGUGGACUCCACAACCAUUACUGGCUAGGCUCGAUGAAGCGACCGUUGCAGGUUAUAACACCUUAUUCCAACUUAGUGAAGGACACCGCUGUGGCACAGGUUCAGUUCUCCUCCUCGUCUCGUAGUUCUCCUACGACUGUCUUUUGCGACGACCAACAACAACAGUACGACCGGAGUUAUCAUCCUGAUGGCAAGAGCGAUGAUCUCGCUGUUCCUCCCAAGAAGCGGGUGUUCGUUGGUGGCUUGCCUAAGGACGCUGAUGAGCAUGACUUGCUCUCAAUGAUACAGUCAGUACAGGGCGAGGUAGUAUGUGACGUCAAGGUCGUCAGAAAGAACGGCAACUCUGAUGGAGCCGCCUUUGUCGAGUUCAUCACCCCUGAGCAAGCCCGAGCGUUUAUGGAGAUGUACGGGAGCGGUCAGCAGGCUAUUCUCCGCGGUCGGCCCAUUGUUCUCAGACUCGACUGGCCGAAACCGCAGGAUAUUGGCUAUGCUCAGAACCUGUCCUCGAUUAUUGCAGCUGCUACCGCGGCUGCCACGGCCGCUACUGCUAAGCAACAUGCAGCCUCAGUUGAUCGAAUGGUGUCGGACAACGCUGGCUACCGGUCUCGACAAAUCCCGUUCGAUGAUGGUUGCGAUGACACUCACUUCACGGGGAUCGGCAGCGAACCGCAGUCGGGAAACGAGGACAGUCCAUCACGGACCCUAUUCAUCUCGGGCUUGCCCAUUAGCUUUUCCCUGGAGAAUGUGGUCACCAUGUUCAACGUAUUCUGCCCAAUGCGAGAUGUUCAGCUAGUAUCCUUUCCGCCUGGAUGUGCCGUGGUCACGUUCGAUUCAGAGCAAGAUGCAGAACGAGCCCGCGUAACAUAUACUGGCCGAAGCUUCUCUGUGAGGCCCAUGAUCGACAAUCAGCAGGACCCCUAUGAGAUACUCGAUAGGGGCUACUCAGCGAUGCACUACAUCUCUCGCAAGGAGUCCCCUGGCAAUAGAAGGAUGAGACCGAACGAGAAAGGGUUUCCCCUCUUCGUGUUCAGGCUCCCGUCCGCCACGGAUGAAUCUGAAAUAGCUGAAGUCUUCUCGGAAUUCGGUCAAGUCAGCUCGGUACACAUCUUACCUUUCAGAAGGCUGGCCAUUGUGUCAUUCAACACUCUUGAGGAAGCUGUCAAUGCUAUGACUGCUGUGAAUCUGCGAAUAGCUAGCAGUGACAAUAGAGUCCCCGUCAACUGGCUCGCCUCUGGGGUACAUCUUGAGUUGGAGCACGCUUACCAUGAUGACCUGAGUACCGGCGAGGCUCAUCACCAAGGGUGUCACCAAGAAUCCUCAUCCGACUACCGCACUGCAUUCGCUUGUGGUCCAUCAUCAUCAUCUGGUCACCGGCAGCCAUUUGGGCAUUUGUAGACCGCCAGUUCUUAUGAUCAUCCGACCAGAUAUUCGAGGACCGCGGAUGCAGCAGGUGCUGCGGCUGGCAACCACGACUCCUAGAGCAGCUAGCCUUGUUGUAGAUGUUGCAUGAUGUAUUUCAAUACCCGCUUAUUGGUAUUAGUAAUAUUACUUGAUUAUUGACAUCAGCCGUCGAGAACGGUUAUCUCUUUACUGCAGCUCUCAUCAAGCGGCACCAACAGUCUGCACUUGUUACUGCAGGCUGAGGUUGCUCACAGUGCUGCCUUCUUUAGCUGUCAUUCAUAUAGUAUCAGUACUCUCGCGUACUGUGGUAACAUUCUCCUACGUAAGUUAUGAAGAAAAGAGCCAGAAGAUGUCCAGUAUUAGAUUACUCGAUGUUGAAACGUAUUUCGUGACCGAGCUUACUCCAGGUCAGGAAUUGGAUAUUAUUAUCAUCAUCGUCACUAGAAGCGUUCCACGUCGUACAACAUAGUGUUCCAGUAUACCAGAAAUCAUCGUUCGUUAUCAAUUAUUAUUAUUAUUAUCAUCAUCAUGAUCAUCGCGAAUACUUGAAAAUUCCCGCGUCGUUUUAGAAGAAUAUUUUUGCACAUCGCACUGGUCGUUCGAACUACCAUAGACGUUGGGAGGAGGGUGCGCAUGGUAUCGGAGCUCUACAUAUUCGGCAACUCCCUGCCAUUCUAACUCUUCCGCUCAACGCAGUCUGUCUUGAUGUUGUUGUCGCUGCUUUGUUGUCAUCAAGUACGUGCUUCAGUCAGUGUUCUAUGCGAUUCAAUGGAAUUAUAACGCCAAUUUGUGACAAUUGCUAUCACUAUUCAGUCCUUUCGAAUCUGUCCUGUCAAUUGCAUCUGAUACUUCAUACUAAUGCCUAUCGAGCUGAUCAUUAAUAUUAUCGUUGUAGUAGUAGUAGCAGUAGUAGCAAAAGCAGCAGCCUCGUGAACUCCUGCCCCCUGCCGAUCGUGAUCAAGUUAUUAAAGACCCACUUAGAGAAAAGGCUCUAGUUAUUGGUGCUUAACGACUCUAAAUAAUGUUGUGUCGACUUUGACCACCAUUUUGCUGUUACAAAUGGAAUUGUGCCUGAUGUUGUUGUUGCUCACAACAGCGGCCCAUCCACUGCGUUGGUCGCUGCUCCUCAUACAGUAUCAUGUCAAUGCCUUACUUGUAGCUACUGCUACUGACAUCAUAACGGAUGGUAGCUGUUGCCACCACGUUAUGUGUCCGACUUAGAGCAGGUUGGCUGCUGCCCUAUUCUGUCUAAG